ACGACGGACCAUUCAAAGGCGAAGUGUAACGGCGUGCUGACGUUGCUCCGUGCGUGCCGGAUGUACCGAGGAAUCCCAAUCCCCCACUGGCGGAUAUACGUGAUGAAGUUGUUCGAAGCGAAUCGUUACGUUCCCAUAUACCGUGCGUGUACAACGACAGAGUUUUCGGUCUUGUCUCGUCGCGUCUUGUCGCUGUGUGGCAUGCAACAUGAGCAGUAAGCAGCAUGGCAUGGGGCUUUGGGCUUUAGAUGAAGAAUGCAUGAGAUGAGGCAAAGCCAAAGGCCGUGCACUGCCCGUGAUUGAGUCUCGUACCCAAUGCAUUCCCUGACAAUUGAGUGGCGCUUCCUUGAUCCAUACAACAGCCGCGUCGUGUGUGUCCCCAAAAGGGAAAGCUAAAACCCAAUCGAAUACCGGAAAGUGUUCUCCGUGUUCCGGCAAGUGAAAACCCGAAAAACCGAUGACUACAUUUAGUUAACGAUCGUUCCUAGAGCAUGUAUUAAGCAUAUAUUAACUUAAUCAGCUAAUCAAUAAUCAAAAAGGGAGAAAAGUUUCCAGAGAGAAAGUUGCUCCUGUGUGUCCCUAAGUGAAUUUAUCAAGUUACGAUAUUUACGUGAUUCCGACCCAACAAACAAAUGGCAAAAGUGCGUGAGAGCCCCAAAUUGUGAGGCAGAUGAGCAGUAGGUGACCCCCAGUAGGUCGACUGGCAGACCCCCCAAGAGCGGCAGAGCAGCGUGAAACUCCCCAGUCCUCCAAUGCAGUUGGCCAAAUGUGCGUUAGUUAGUGCCGAUUCCAAACGGGGAUUACAGAUUGCAAAAUGCGUUUGAAUGAACCAACGAAAAUAGCGCCUCCGAGAACAAAAUCGAAGCAAGCCAAAGGAAUAACCACAGCUGCAGUCAGUCACUCGAUCUCUGUGUCCUCGCGACCAAUUGAAUGCUCCGUGCGAAAUCUGAUCAGGCUGUUCAUCCUAACCACAACGAUCAUGGGCAGUGGCAGGGCCAGCGGUAGCAUCAAUCGCAUCAAGGGAGUGGAUUCCUAUGGCUAUGUCGAGCAGCUGGACGAGCUGCCCGCAAGAACCACACCCGCAGCAGCAGCAGUAGGAGAAGGAGGAGGCACCACUGCCACGCCCUCGGCGGACCACUUGCUGUUGACCACGUGGCGAGAUAGUUACGAUUCGAAUGAAAUCGAUAACUCCUAUGCUGCCGCCGCCGCUGGCGGUGCUGCUGGGACCAGCCUGGCCUCUGAGGCCGAUGGCAAUGUCGAUGUGGAGCCCGAUUACGUCAUAGAUGUGGGCCAGACAUCAACGGUGACCCCCAGCUCACAGACAGCCACAACGAUCAUUGAGCAGCGGCUGCUGGGGCGCUCACAGGAUAUGGAGUCGCUGUCGCUGCAGGCGGACGGAACAGGCGCCACAGCAUCGGCCAAGGGUCCGCUCUCUGAGGCACCCAGUCGAAAGAACUCACUCAGCAGGGACGAUAUGACAUUCCAGCAGAUUGGUAGCCAAAAGAUAAAUGCCUUAAUGCCGGCCACUGCGGCGACAGUUGGCGGCAAUGCGAGCACUGCCACACCCACAGAACCCGCGAGGAACAGAACCAACAACGUUCGCACUUCGGCGGUGAGGGUGGAUGGCAACAGCAAGCACUCGCUGCCCAAGGGGCAGAAAACGGAUGCGCCCAUGCUCAACUACAUCUUUGACACGUUCUCGGCGGCCAACAAACACCACCAUCACGAUCAGAGAUACGGGCCGCAUUUCGAGGACGCACAGCGGCUGGGCCAGGCCACGAAUCUGACCGUGCAAGCUGGGUCCACCAUCCACUUGAACUGCAGGAUUUCGCUGCUGCAGGAUAAGACUGUAUCUUGGGUGCGACAUAAUACGCAGGACGAGGAAAACGCCCUGGAUCUGCUGACGGUGGGCAUGCACACAUACACGGGUGAUAAACGCUAUAAGAUGGAGUUCCAAUAUCCCAACAACUGGCGACUGAAGAUAACGAAUGUGAAGAAGGAUGACGAGGCCAUCUACGAGUGCCAGAUCUCGACACAUCCGCCCCGCCUCAUACAAAUUAACUUGCAUGUGAAUGCUCCGAAAGUGAUGAUAGUGGACGAGGUGGGGGAUCCGCUGCAGGAGAAGUACUACGAGAUUGACUCCACGCUCCAGCUGUCCUGUGUGGUGCGCAACGUGGCCAUGAGCAGCUCCGUGGUGUACUGGAAGCACAUCGACGAUGUCCUCAACUAUGACGUGACACGCGGUGGUGUGAGCGUCAAAACCGAACUGAUGGAGGAUGGAGCCAACUCCACGCUCUCCAUAGCGAAGAUCAGCAAAACCGAUUCGGGGAAUUACACCUGCUCGAUCAGCGAGUUUCAAAACUUUACCAUUGUGGUGCACAUUCUGAAUGGCGAAAGCUUUGCGGAGCUGCAUCAUGGCGGGGCAGGAGCUGUGCAGGCCACGUGGCAGCAUCUGCUGGCACUGCACUUCCUAAUGCUCAUCCUGCUGGCCGCGAGUAGACUUAGGGCAGAGUUUAGGUAAGGUUCCCAGUUCUUUUUGUUAGGAUAAGCGAGUGGAAGCGACACAUACACUUUUUGUUGAGUAAUUGUAAAGAUUUUGAAUUUGAUUGAGGGCCCCGGGGGCAUGGCACAGGAGAGUUAUUAGAAAUAACUAAAAAAAUAAAACCAAAAUGAAUAAGAAAAGUAAAUAAAACGCAGCCUAAGUUCAACUCCAACGCGAUCGUUCGUGUUUGCUGGCUAUUAUAGAUAUGUUUCUACGUCUAUCAUCAAUUUGUACAUGAGCAGGAGCACGCCUAGGAUUAAGCUUAGUGUAAGAGAAGGUGGUACAAGAGGUACGCAGAGGCCAACGAAUUUCCCUAGCAGAACGACACCAGUACGGUCUGGUCUGGCCUAGAUCUAGUUGAUACAGGAAUGUAAAGCAUUAUAUCUAAGUCACCAGAGGAGGAGCAGCCUCAGCAUCGGCAUCAGCUGAGAUUUGAUAAGCAGAAGAACUCCUACGGGGACUAUUCAAUGUUGAACUAACUAUAAAGUGCAAUACUGUCACAUACAUAUUAUAUACAUACACUCACACACAACAACAACAUACACAUACAAGCAAGCGAUCGACUAAAUGAUAUGUUAAUAAACGAAUACUCGUAUGUACGCAAUAAUAAAGUGAACUAUAUAUGAGUGCAAAGUGAA